UUGAGUUGAAAGAACGUACCUCUGCCUCUGUGCGUGCCUUUUGUUCACUUAUCUUAUUGUUGGCAACAUUUUUUAUUCUUAUAUUCAACGUAAUCAAAAAUUUGGUUCCACAUUAAUUCAACAAAAAUUGUUUUAUAAUUUGUGAAGAAAAAAAAAAAAACAAAAACAGCCACGAUUUUAUGUUUGUUUUGUCGUUCAUUCAAAAUUGGAUCAAACAAAAGUGGCGAGUAAAGCAUAAAGAAAUUAAUAAUUUUCGUUCGGUGUGAUUGUAAUAGAGUUUUGUAGGCAAUUUUAUUUAAAGUGCAGAUUCUAAAAAAAAGACCUUUGGAUUGUUUGAACUCAAAUAUUUAUGCUGAACGUGUUUUUAACACAUUUUAUUUUGAUUUAAUUGAUCGUGUUUUAUCGACUGUGUGUAUGUGUAUUCAUCGGUUUUAACAGAAUACAUACAAUGACUGAGCAUGAACAUUUAUGACGUGUAUAAAAAACAGUAGACUCUGUUUUGAACUUGCAUCGACAAUCGAUAUCUGCAUUUUAUUCCACGUAUAACGAAAGACUUUUGAAAAUGUCGUUGACUUUAGUUUGUUUUUAUAUUAUAAUCGGGUUAUGCUUCUUGCUGUUUGUUAACUACAAAUUUUUAAAGCGGUUUAUUACUUCAUCGAGUCAAAAGUAUGCACACGACGCGAACCGCAACGAUACAAAAAUUGCAAACAACAACACAACAUAUAACAAUAACAAUGGCAAUGAAAAUUAUAGUUCACACAUUGCUUCGAAUAUAUGGUCAAUACCAGGGCCUAUAAAAAUACCAUUUUUUGGCACAAAAUGGAUUUAUUUGUGGAAGUAUAAGAUGUCCAAAAUCCAUGAAGUUUAUUGGGACUUUAAUCGGCAAUAUGGACCGAUUGUGUUAGAAGUAACCCCAAGUGGCAUCCCAAUUGUAAACUUGUAUAAUCGCCAAGAUAUUGAAAAAGUUCUACGCUUUCCAUCGAAAUAUCCAUUUCGACCCCCAACCGAGAUUGUUGCCUUUUAUCGAAAAAUGCGUCCUGAUCGAUAUGCAAGCACAGGAAUUACAAACGAGCAAGGAGAAGUAUGGCACAACUUGCGCACAAAACUCACUUCACAGAUAACUAGUCCGCGGGUCCUAAAGGCAUUCCUUCCAUCUUUAAAUUGCAUUUGUGACGAUUUCAUAGAUUUGUUGCGAGUGAAACGUAAUCCGGAUACAAAUGUGAUCGAGAAUUUUCAAAAUAUUGUCAAUUUAUUUGGGCUGGAAGCAGUUUGUACAUUGAUGUUAGGUAAAAGAAUGGGCUUCCUAUCAAAAUGUCCACCACAAAAUGUAGCCAAAUUGGCUGCUGCUGUUAAAACACUAUUCAUCACUCAACGAGACUCAUCUUAUGGAUUUAAUAUGUGGAAAUAUGUUUCAACUAAAACAUAUCGUGAUUUUGUUGAAACUGAAGACACCAUUUACAACAUAAUAUCAGAAAUUGUUGAUGAAGCCUUAAACGAAAAUCAAAUGGAUUUUAUUGAUGAAGACAGUGUGAACAGUGUAUUUUUCAGUAUUUUAUGCGAAAAAGAUUUAGACAUUAGAGAUAAAAAAUCAGCGAUUAUUGAUUUUAUUGCUGCCGGAAUCGAGACUCUUGCAAACACUCUAAUCUUUAUAUUGCAUUAUAUAACCAGCCAGAAAGGAACUUUGGAAAAAAUCAAAGAUGAAUUCGAUCACUGUUCAAACGAUAUUGAAUUCAAUGAUUUGUCACAGGCGGUGUUUACAAAAGCAUGCUUACAAGAGACGUACAGAAUAUGCCCAACCGCAUUUUGUUUAGCUCGUAUAUUACAAGAAGAUACAUGUCUAUCUGGAUAUGAUAUCAAAGCUGGGACCGUCAUCUUAUGCCAAAAUAUGAUCUCGUGUCAUGAUCCACAAAACUUCAGCGCUCCCGAAGAAUUUAGGCCCAAUCGCUGGUUGGUUGACGAUUCAAAAGUAAACGCUAGAUGUAGUGAACCAGGAGCCAAUCUUGUUGUACCUUUUGGUGUUGGAAAGCGUCAAUGCCCUGGCCGACGUUUCGUUGAAAUGGAGUUGAUAAUGAUCGUUGCAAAGAUGGCGCGUGCAUUCAAUAUUACUUUUUGUGAUUCACUCGAAAUGGAAUUUGAAUUCUUACUGACACCAAAAACUCCUAUCAAUUUAAUCAUAAACGAAAGACUGUUGUAGCAUUUAUUUGUUAUAUAAAUUAUAGAAUAUUUACUUACAUGAUAAGUGCGAAUGCUAAUUUAAACAAAUCAAUGUAUUUUUUUAUAUCAAAUAUGAUUUUAUUUUUAAAAAAAUAUUUUAAUAUUUAGUGCAAUGUUCAAAAUACGUUCAGAAUACGUUUUAUUACAGAAAAUGUAUCAGUUUAUAGUGACCAUACAUUUUAUUAUGCGUCCUUCAUGCAGAAUUAUAUUGAUAAAACUCUUUUAAUGUGAAUUUUAAUGUUUUUCUAUGGUACAUUUCAUUAUUUUUUAUUUCAUCUUACACCUUCUUCAUUCAGAACCAA